CCCCUGGGGAUCAGACGUUUUCGCAAAAGCCGACAGCCGACAGACGAUCGGAUACAAUCAAGAUACAUAGUUGUAGAUAGAAGUGAUAAAUAAAGCGCGCUCUGCUUUUCUGACUGGGAUGAGAUCUCUUUCCUCUUUAGCUUACAUUCUAUGUACUAUUAACAGACAUCAUGGCUCCCAAGCGCCCUAACUUCCUCGUCGUCGUUGCCGAUGACCUGGGCUUCUCGGAUAUAGGCUGCUUUGGCGGCGAGAUCCGCACGCCGAAUCUCGAUCGCAUCGCGAAACAAGGUGUGCGGUUUACUGACUUUCAUGCUGCGGCUGCAUGCUCUCCCACCCGCGCCAUGAUCAUGACCGGUACAGACCACCACAUCGCCGGCCUGGGCAACCUCAUCGAAUGGACCAACAUCUCCGGCCAGAACGGCCCAAAAGGCUCCGCGAUGAGCACCGCUCCCCAGCGCGGCAUGCCAGGCUACGAGGGGUAUCUCAAUGAGCGCGUUGUGGCACUCCCCGAGGUCCUUCGUGACGCAGGCUACCACACCCUCAUGUCAGGGAAAUGGCAUUUGGGCCUGACGCCCGAGCGUUCGCCAUUUCACCGCGGCUUUGAUCGCUCUCUAGCCCAUCUCCCUGCUUGCUCAAAUCACUACGCUUAUGAGCCCCAGCUACAGGGCACGGACGAGACACCCACUUUCCUGGAAGCUAGUUACAUCGCCCUGCACAUGGAAGAUGACAAGUAUGUCAAGAAACUGCCCGAGGGCUGGUACUCAUCCGAUGGAUAUGGCGACAAAAUGCUCCAGUAUAUCCGUGAAUGGCACGGCCGCUCCGAUGAACGUCCUUUCUUCGCCUAUCUCCCCUUCACAGCUCCACAUUGGCCCCUUCAAGCCCCUCGCCAAUAUAUCGACCACUACCGCGGUGUCUACGACGACGGUCCGGAAGCGCUUCGUCAGAAACGUCUCCAACGUCUCAAAGAACUAGGCAUGAUCCGCUCAGACGUAGAAGCCCACCCCGUCGUUGCAGACGAAGUCAAGCCCUGGUCCGAAUUCACGCCAGAGGAAAAGAAGCUCUCCUGCACCGCCAUGGAAGUCUUCGCCGGAAUGGUGGAGUGCAUCGAUGCCAACGUAGGCAAAGUAGUCGAUUAUCUCGCUUCCAUCGGCGAGCUGGAUAAUACCUUCGUCUGCUUCAUGUCUGACAACGGUGCUGAGGGCGCUGCCUACGAAGCCUACCCCAUGGUACAGAGCGGUGUCAUGCCCCAUCUCCAGAAAUACUAUGAUAACUCACUCGAGAAUCUCGGUAAUGGUAACUCGUUCAUCUGGUACGGGCCCCGCUGGGCCCAGGCUGCUACUGCGCCGAGUCGAUUGUACAAAGCGUUUACCACGGAGGGUGGUGUCCGAGUGCCAUUCUUAGCUCGGUUCCCGUCAUCUGUUUCUGUGGGAGAUCAUGUGCGCAACGGAAGUAUCACGGAUCAGUUUGCGACGGUUAUGGAUCUUGCUCCGUCUAUCUUACAGAUGGCGGGUGCGACGCACCCGGCGCCUUCGUAUAAGGGUCGUGAGGUUGUCUCCAUGCGUGGUCGCAGCUUUUACCCCUGGGCGAGUGGUGAUGCGCCCCGGAUUCAUGAGCAAGAGUUUAUCCAAGGUUGGGAGACCUGUGGGAGAGCGGCGCUGCGCUUCGGGGACUGGAAGAUCGUCUAUAUCCCCAAGCCGAAGGGCCCCGAACGGUGGCAAUUGUACAAUCUCGCCGACGAUCCUGGGGAGAUUCAUGAUUUGGCCGACCAACAUCCCGAUAGGUUGAAGCAGUUGCUGAAGUUGUGGGACCAAUAUGUUAUUGAGACCGGAGUAAUUCCGCUGAAUCCAGACUUGGGAGAUUUCCUGGAGGCAAUGGAGGCGCAGAUGCCAGAGAAUGCGUGGAUGGAGUAUGAUUAUUGGAAGAAAGGGGCCAGAGAUGAGCCUGAGAAGUUCAUGAGAAGCCCGCCUAGGUUCCAGAGAGUUGUUAAACAGUUUUAACUGUAGAUCAGUUAAUGUAUAUCUCUGUACGAAUGUCAUGAUUAAUGGAUAUUGUACGUGAUUCGGUUGUUGAGCUUCACGUCACGAUGUCGCGUUAUAUAAGUACGAAGGGGUCUACGAAGAGUUCUCGCCGUACAAGGCGUGAAUCUGCCCACGUUCGAGACGCAUCCUGGCGCUUUGUCAUCUCCUCAAGUAGCUGCAGGAUCUUCUUCGCGUUGGGAUGUCGCUGUGCUACGGGGCUGUGAUCACUGGGCAAGUCGGCCAUGCGCUGCAUUUCCUGUAUAAUCCACCCUCGUUGCUCUAGUGAGCCUUCCAACCCGGCCACAAAUAGUGGCCAGGUAAAGCUGAUUGGCAGGUGAUGAUUCUCACUGCUGGACUCCACCGUGGCCAGCUGGAUGAUCUGGCCCACCGCGCGAUGCACC